GCGGCCUCGCACGCGUGGAAGGCGGGAAAUGAUCUGCACUGGCUAGCGUGUGCCUUGUAUGUGGCUUGCAGAAAAGCAAUUCCAACUGUGAGCAGAGGGACAGCUGAGGGAAAUUAUGUAUCCCUAACCAGAAUUUUGCGCUGUUCAGAACAAAGCUUGAUAGAGUUUUUUAACAAGAUGAAAAAAUGGGAAGACAUGGCAAAUCUACCCUCCCAAUUCAGAGAACGAACUGAGAGAUUAGAGAGAAACUUUACAGUUUCUGCAGUAAUUUUUAAGAAGUAUGAGCCCAUUUUUCAGGACAUUUUCAGAUAUCCUCAAGAAGAUCAACCUCGGCAACAGAGAGGAAGAAAACAGAGACGACAACCGUGCACUGUGACUGAAGUUUUCCAGUUUUGUUGGGUGCUGUUUGUUCAUGCAAAAGGUAAUUUUCCUAUGAUCAGCGAUGACUUGGUCAAUUCCUACCAUCUCUUGUUAUGUGCUUUGGAUCUAGUGUAUGGAAAUGCUCUCCAGUGUCCUAACCGUAAGGAACUUCUGAAUCCUAAUUUUAAAGGUCUACCUGAAGACUUUCAUAGCAAGGAUUAUAAAGUAUCGUCUGAUCCUCCCUGCAUCAUUGAAAAACUGUGUUCAUUACAUUAUGGAUUAGUUUUAGAAGCAAAAGGCAUAAAGGAACAUUUUUGGAAGCCAUAUAUUCGGAAACUUUUUGACAAGAAGCUUUUAAAAGGAAAAGAUGAAAAUCUGACUGGAUUUCUAGAUCCUGGGAACUUUGGAGAUAGCUUCAAAGCCAUCAACAAGGCCUACGAGGAGUAUGUUUUGUCAGUAGGAAAUCUCGAUGAGCGAAUAUUUCUUGGGGAGGAUGCAGAUGAAGAAAUUGGAACUCUCACAAGGUGCUUAAAUACACCUUCAGGAAUGGAAACAACUGAAAGAGUACAAGUGAAGCAUAAUUUGCAGCAGCACUUUGACAGGUCCAAAUCACUUAGGAUUACAACCCCACUUACUGGCCGCAAGUAUAUUAAAGACAGCAACCCGUAUGUGACACCUGUUUCUAUAGCAACAUACAGUUUGAGCCGCCUUCAUACGAUGCUGGCAGGACUGAGAAAUGCCCCCAGUGAAAACCUGGAGCAAAUACUCAGGGCAUGUUCCAGAGAUCCUUCUCAAUCUAUUGCAAACAGAGUAAAAGAAAUGUAUGAAGUAUACUGCCAGAGCAUGCAGUCUGAAGGAGAAUUCAGUAAUUUUUCCAAAGAUGUUGCUAGUAAGCAUUUUCGUCGUGCUGAGGUGCUAUACUACAAGGUCUUGGAGUCAGUCAUUGAGCAAGAGAGGAGGAGACUGGGAGACGCUGAUUUAUCUGCAAUACUGGAGCAAGACGUGUUUCAUAGAUCUCUGCUGGCAUGUUGCCUUGAGAUCAUUACUUUUACGUAUAAGCCACCUGGAAACUUCCCAUUCAUCACUGAAAUAUUUGACAUUCCCGUUUAUCAUUUUUAUAAGGUAAUUGAGGUUUUCAUUAGAGCAGAGGAUGGCCUUUGUCGGGAAGUAGUAAAACACCUUAAUCAUAUUGAGGAACAGAUCUUGGAAAGUAUGGCAUGGAAACAGGAAUCCAUAUUGUGGGACAGGAUCAGAGAUAAUGAAAACAAAGUUCCUAGUUGUGAAGAGGUAAUGCCACCUCAGUAUUUUGAGAGAUCUGCUGGGAACAGUGUUGUAGGUUCACCAUUGACACCAAGACGAAUAAACGAGGUUCGCGCUGAAACUGGAGGACUAGGAAAAGGCCUUUCAUCCUCUCCAACUACCCUGUAUGACAGAUACAGUUCUCCUACAGCCAAUCCUACAAGGAGAAGACUGUUUGUUGAUAACGAUAAUACCUCUGACAGUGGAACUCCAGUAAGAGUUUCCCAACAGCCCGUGGUAAAUACGGUGCCUGUGCAGAACAUGAAUCCCGAAGCAAUGUCGGUAACUCCGGUGCCUGGCCAGACACUGGUUACAGUGGCAACUGCCACCGUAACAGCCAAUAAUGGGCAAACCGUUACAAUACCAGUGCAAGGUAUUGCCAAUGAAAAUGGAGGAAUAACUUUCUUCCCAGUCCAAGUAAACGUAGGUACCCAGGCUCAAGCCGUCUCCGGUCCCAUUCAGCCUCUCAGUGCCCAGACUCUUGCUGGUACCCUGAACACUCAGAUGACUGGGGCAACGCUGCAGUUACCAGGCCAGUUAACUGUUCAGCAGAUCUCUCCUGGAGAGCAAAGACAAACCCAGCAAUUUACCACCGCCACGUCCAUCAGGCCGCGGAAGAUGGGCUCACUUUCACUCUUCUUUAGAAAGGUGUAUCAUUUAGCUAGUGUUCGUCUGCGAGACCUCUGUGUCAAACUUGAUAUAUCUGAUGAGCUGCGGAAAAAGAUCUGGACGUGUUUUGAGUAUUCCUUGGUGCACUGCCCUGAAAUCAUGAUGGACAGACAUUUGGAUCAGCUGCUGAUGUGUGCCAUCUAUGUAAUGGCUAAGGUCACGAAGGAAGACAGAUCAUUUCAGAACAUUAUGCGCUGCUAUCGGACACAACCACAAGCCAAGAGUCAUGUAUAUCGGAGUGUCCUGAUAAAAGGCAGGAGACGACGACGCUCCGGCAGCAGUGAUAGCAGUAGCCAGCAGCACUCACCUACGGACAGAAGUAAAGAGAGAAACAAAGAAAGAACUAGCAGAGACUCCAGCCCAGUGAUGCGAUCCAGCAGCACCCUGCCUGUGCCGCACCCCAACAGCGCUCCCCCUACUCCAACCCGACUGACUGGUGCCAACAGCGACACCGAGGAGGAAGAGCGAGGUGACCUGAUACAAUUCUAUAACAACAUCUAUAUCGAGCAGAUUAAAGAAUUUGCCCUGAAGUAUACUUCAAAUGCACAGACCGAUUCCCCCCCGCUCUCACCCUACCCGUUUGUAAGGAUUGGCUCCCCUCGCAGAAUACAGCUGUCCCAGAAUCACCCAGUGUACAUCUCGCCACACAAAAACGAGUCCACUCUCUCGCCUCGAGAGAAAAUAUUCUAUUAUUUCAGCAGCAGCCCGUCUAAGAGGCUAAAGGAAAUUAACAGCAUGGUUAGAACUGGAGAAACUCCAACCAAGAAGAGAGGCAUUCUCUUAGAAGAUGGCACUGAAGCACCAGCUAAGCGCAUCUGUCAGGAGAAUCACACUGCUCUGUUAAGACGACUACAAGAUGUAGCAAAUGACAGAGGGUCUCACUGA